AUGUCCUCUCGUCCAGCCGAUGCCCUGCCUCUGCUCGCAGCCCGUCCCGCGGUGGGAGCAGCGGCACCGGGGCCAUCCCGUCCCCGCGGCACGGAGUUGCCCGACUCCGCGCAGCCAACCACGGUCACUUCCGAAGCCGGCGCUUUGGAAGCCAAAGAGAGUCCCUCCAGCCACGAGGAGCCUGUCCCCGGGCAGAGCAGCACCGGCCCGCCUCUCCCCAGUUCCCCCGCCAGCUGCGGCCGAUCCCCGCCCGGUCCCUCCUCUCGCGGGGACGCGGCCCCGCGCACCGCCCGGCUGCCAUCACGCUCGCUCCGCCGGAGCCGAGGUCCCCUAGCGGUGGCCUCGGUGCCACCGCAGACCGCGUCACUGCGGGUGCGGCAAGCAGCGGAGCCAUUUCGCUGUGCCACGGGCGGUGCCACGGGCGAUGCCGCGUCCGCCUCGGACACAGCGGCGGCCGCGGGCAGGACAGGCUGCUGGUCAGCCACGGUGUACGGUUUCUGCCUGGGCUUGCUCCGUGUCCUUCUGUUCUCUUCUCUUUCUUUGUGUGCAGUUCUCCUUCACCCACCUCACUUCAGCCCAGCUGAGCACAACCAGGAGAGAAGUGUUUGGUACGUGCACAGGGACUCUAUGAUCAAGCACCAGGCCCAGAAAGCUCCCCCUGGGCAACACAGGCACUGUGAGCGAUGUUUCAGCCGGCACUGCCGCGCACCCAUUGAGAUCUCCGUGUCCUGCAUGGUGAUCAGCUGCCGCCUCCAUUGCGGGGCCACCUUCCACAUGUGCAAGGAGGAGGAGCACAAAUUGCUCUGCCCCUUGGAGCAGGUGUCCUGCCUCAACUCAGCCUAUGGCUGCCCUUUCUCUAUGGCCCGCUUCAAGCUGGGGAAGCACCUCCAGGUCUGUCCAGCCAGUGUUGUCUGCUGCUCAAUGGAGUGGAACCGCUGGCCAAACGUGGAUUCAGACACAACGCUGCACAAGAAUAUUAUGAAAGAGACCUUGAAUGAAGAAUGUCUGGACACAGCUUUGGCACUCAGAGACCAGCAGAUACUUUUCAGGGCUUUGAAAGUAGCUGAAUUAUUUCCAGAGUGGAGGAAAAAGGAUGAACUGGAAGAACUAAUGGAUCAAGCCAUGGGUGGGGAAGCAGGUGCUGUGGGAGGAGCUGCCUGUGGUUCCCAAGAGGGCAAUGACCAGUCUGAGCUCAGCCAACGUGAGCGGGAAGAUUUGGCAAAGGACAAAGAGGGAAUGGAUCUGGGGAGUUACAAAACAUGGGAGAACAUUUUCAGCAAAGAGCUUCUGGCUUGCCAGGUAACAGGCUCAGCAACCAGCACAGGACAAAAGACAGAGGAGGCUUCCAAGAAAACAGCAGCAGCCUCCCGUGCUGCCAGCUCCACAGAGAAGGCAAAGGAAGGACCUGAUGGUGCAGAAGAGGGAAAGGGCCAAAAGUCUGAACAAGUAACACCAAGUAGAGAACUGAAUGGACUGGCUCCCUGGCAAGAAGGGGUCCUGGAGAGGCUGAAGAAGGAAGUCGGUGUAGCGGAUUACAACAUGUAUCUGGUCCAUCACGGGGGAAUGCUCAUCCGCUUUGGCCAGAUGGCUGCUUGCACUCCCAGAGAAAAAGAUUUUGUCUAUGGGAACUUGGAAGCCCAGGAGGUGAAGACUGUCUACACCUUCAAAGUGCCAGUUAGUUAUUGUGGCAAAAGAGCACGACUAGGAGAUGCACUGGGCCACAAGAUGCCAACUUCAGACAAGUCAGUGGAUACCUCAGAACUGGGAAUAAACAUAGAAGAACUACCUAAGACAAAUAUAGUUGAAGCCACACUGCUGUGUGCUCUGGAGAAAGAGCUGAAAGGCCAUGAGAUCUCUGAAGCAAGAGGUAUCGAUGGACUCUUUGUGGAUUUUGCAACACAGACAUACAGCUUUCCUUUGGAGCCCUUCUCCUCCAGCGCAGUUCUAGCAGAUAUUCUGGAUGAAAACAGCCCACCAGAACUGCACAUGGAGCUCUACACUGAAUGUGUAACCAGAAGACACAACAAAAGCAGUUCAGCUUUCACGUUCACUUGCAGUCAUUUCUUUAGGAGGGAUGAGUUCCCAUUCCACUUCAAGAAUGUGCACGCUGAUAUCCAGUCAUGCCUGGACGGAUGGUUCCAGCAUCGCUGCCCACUGGCCUACUUGGGAUGUCCUUUUGUCCAAAAUCACUUCCGCCCCGAGGGACUUAAGGCCAAGGUUAUUUACAGCAAGCCUCUCAAGACAUUUGCCAUUAAGCCAGAGGUGGACACCCUUCUUGCUGAACCGGGCAAGUGCAAUUUCAUAGUGGAUAGUCGAGGGAGAAGCAAGGACUUGCUGAGCAGCCUCCCAGUGGAAGUGCUUAAGUACAUUGCAGGAUUCCUGGACAGCUUCAGUUUAUCUCAGCUAUCACAAGUGUCAGUGCUCAUGAGGGACAUCUGUGCCACUCUUCUUCAAGAGAGGGGAAUGGUUCUGCUGGUGUGGGAGAAAAAAAGAUAUUCCCAUGGUGGAACUUCUUGGAGAGCUCGCAAAAAGAUCUGGCAGUUCAGCAGCCUGUUCUCCAGAGUUCACAACUGGCAGCGCAGCGAUGUCCCGAGCAUGUCGGAGCACCUGAGGAAUUGUCCCUUCUACCAGGCGGAGCACAGGACAGACCCCGUGCUGCUGACGGGCAUGAGCGAGUCUCAGGAGCAGACUCGAAAGACUUUGGUCUCUACUUUCAAGCACAGAGUCUGAACA